AUGACUUCGGGCGAGGCAGCUUACCCAGUUUGCGUUACCUGGGCGUCAGGUGGAGCCCCAAUGGACUCGCCAGGAACACUUUUCCUAUGGCGAGUGGAUCCAAUUGCCAACACAGGUUGUAUCGACAUAAAAGUCGGCAGCUGGCGAGCCUGUGAAGAGUCUGCUGCCAUCGAAGCCUCUGACAUCUCGUGGACCCGGUCCAUGCCCAAUACUCUGAAGGGACCACACCUCCGAGCUGCAGCGAGCGACAAUCAUGAAACUAGGGCCCAGUGGCGCUCAGGGCAGAUGCCAAUCCCCGUCCAGGAAACGUUGCCACCCCGCGGCAGAGGUGCUAGAUCGCUUGCCUAUUACGAACCCCGAGAACCCAAGACAAACGACAAUGUAUCUGCGUUGUGGAUCCGUAUGGAGCUGAAGCCGCUCAUGAAGGCCUGA